UGAUCAAAAAAAGUAAACGGCCGUUGAUCCCUCGAUCAAAUUUCUAUAGGCUCUCCUAGUUACCAAGAAGAUUCUAGCCGUGUAAUCUCACCGCCGUCACCUCAACCACAAACCACCACCUUUGGCGGCGGCGCUCCGAUCAAUGGCUUCUACUCUAAGACUCUCGAUCGCGGCCCUGUCGCUGUCCCUGUUGGCGCUCUUGGCGGAGCCGAGCAGCAACACGAACCCAGUCUACUCGCCGUGCUCGGACACGACGGUUCAGAAAUCCGACGGGUUCAGCUUCGCGAUCGCGUUCGCGACCCGAACCGCCUUCUUCGUCAACACCACCGUCCAGCUCUCCCCCUGCGACAGGCGGCUCUCUCUCUCCUCGUCCAACGCCGAGAUCGCUCUAUUCCGCCCCAAGGUCGACGAGAUCUCUCUCCUCACCAUCAACACCAGCAACGGCUUCACUCCGGAUUCUACUGGUGGGUACAUGGUUGCAUUUGCUGGUCAAAAAUAUGCUGCCAUAUCUUCACCUGCAUUUGUUGCAAACAGUACAUACACUGUAACCAGCUUUACUCUUGUUCUUACAUUCCAGAAGGGUAGGCUGCAAAACUUGUAUUGGAAGAGAGACGGCUGUGCUUCAUGCUCGGGCAACUCUAGCUUUGUGUGCUUGAAUAACCAGGAUUGUGCAAUCAAAACAAACAGCUGUAAGAACCAAGGGGGUUCUGUGGAUUGCAGCCUCGGGAUACAACUGGCAUUCUCCGGCACUGAUAAGCAUGAGGGUGUUUUCAACUCCUGGUAUGAAGUGAGUAACCUUCGCCAGUACUCCCUCUAUGGCCUCUAUUCGAAUCUCAAGGAUUCUCUAACUAAUCAGUAUAACAGCUUCUUCUGAUGAGUUUCAAGUGGUAAUGUAGAUUUCACUGUACCGUCGUUCCUAUCCUCCUGAUUUUUGUUUCGGUUGUUCUAUCUUCAUGUAUUUCUUUCCAUGUUAUAUUGUUACCGUUAAUGUCUUCCUUGCUCAAAGAACUGCUACAGCAUCUCCUUCCGGACCGUCCAAAUUUGUGUAAAUUUUUACCGUCUUGCGGGCUGUGUGAUUAUUUAAGAGAGGUUAUUGGAUGACCAUUUUCUCAGUA